UAAAACAUUCAAAAGUCUGUGUUUGUAUUCCCGAUUGUUUCUUUAAGUUUCAUUUAAUCAAAAUUAAAUAACAAAUGUAUAUCCAUGGCAUAAAAUCUAAAUUAAUUUAGAAACAAAUCUUCUGUGUGACAUUUACGCGUCAUUCGUUCGUCGACUCUUAUCAAAUCAUUAAAUAAAUGCAAGAACAAGCAUUAUUUGUAUCAGAAUGAGCAUAAAUACCGAAAGUAGUUCGAAAGUCGCAUGUCAACGACGAUCAUUUAACUUGGCACCUGCAAAUUCAGAUGGAAUAGUUUUGUCUGUGCACCAUACCUUAAUUGUGGGUCAAGGUACCAGCCAACGUGUUCGAUAUUUACACGCAUCAUUCAACUGCACAGGAUCAGCACUAGCGGCGUCAAACCACUUGGGAAACGUAUACGUUUUUGAUUUAACUGUGAAGAAAUAUUGGUUCUUGGUGCAUGUUAAUUGUUCCAUUAUAAAGUUUAUGAGAAAAAUUAAUACCGUUCCAAGAGAUGCACUUUUUGUGGGCGCAACUACUGGUGAUAUUCAGAUUUAUAAUUCGUACACCUGUGAAAAUAUAGCAAAUUUAUUGGGCCACAAAAAUCCGGUAAACGAUAUUUCAUUUUCUGAAACUGACGAUUGCGUUACACUUGCGACCAAUGAAGCAAUACUGUGGAAUAUGAAAACAUUCACAAAAUUACACGUGUUACAUUUGGAAGAAGGAACUAUUUUAAAAUUUGUCAUGUUUGUACCAGUUAGUAAUGAUGUUCUUGCUUGUUUCAAUGAUGAAACUGUUCAAAUAUGGAAAGCAAAAACAUAUGAUCCAAUAAAGCAAAUCGGAACAAAUACAGGAGGAUCAUUCAAUAAGUUAACAAUACGAUCAAUUGCUUUUACCAGUAAUGGAAAACUAAUGGUGGUAGUUGGUCAUGCUCCAUCAAUUUACGUCUUCAGUAUCGAGACUUUGCAGCUGAUAAAGGAGGUCAGCUUUAUACAUUUACACCUUUCUGUAAAAAAGGCUCAGUUUCUUCCAAAUCCAUUUGAUGACGGCGUGAACAAAAUCCUAUCGUUUCUAACCAGCAGUGGCGUGUUAUAUUUCUACGACAUGCAAUCGGAGGAGUUUAUCAGUAAAAUAAACAUGGACGAAGAAGUUUGGAAGUAUGCCGUGGAUCCAUCAUCAAAUCAUAUUGCUACUAUCAGUCGGUGUGGACUCAUUCAAAUUCACUCAAUGGCACACGUGUUACCAAGGAUUAAUCGAGAAAGAAACUUGAAAAUUAUUUCAAGAAGAAACAACUAUAAAACCAAACAGAAAACCAACAAGAAACUAUUAAAUGAUGUUUUAAAGAAACAAUUGUCUGAUGUACUUGAUACCGAAAAACUGAGGGCAAUAUUGAAAGAAUUUGGAGAGUAUCCGAGUUUAUACAGAAAAGUAAUUUGGAGAAAUCUUUUACAGCUUCCAAACGAUGAAGAGCAAUACGCGGCCAUUUUAAGUAAUAACUAUGAAAAUGCAUUCAACGAGUUUGAGAAGCAUUAUCCAUUGGUGGUUAAACAGGAUAUGAAAAGUUUGAAGCAAUUUUACGAAAAUUUAAUUUCAUGGUGUCCAUUUCUUUCCGUAGUAAGCUAUUUACCCGUGUUGAUAUUUCCUUUUGUUAAAUUCUUACAAACUGAGCCAGUAUUAUGUUUUGAAACAUUGAUGACAAUAAUUGUUAAUUACUGUCAGUAUUGGUUUGAAUAUCAUCCAGUACCACCGUUAAAUAUACUGGGAUUAGUCGAAUCUAUUAUUAUGCAAGAAGAUCCUGCAUUAAUGGAACACUUCUAUAAAAAUGAAGUCACAUCAAAGACGUACGCUUGGUUCAUUUUGCAAUCAAUGUUUUCGGAGGUUUUAUCAUCAUCACAAUGGUUAGUGUUUUGUGAUCAUUUGAUUGCAAACGAUGCUGUGUUCCUGACGGUAGCAGUUGCUGCCUAUUCCCUUGCCAACAAAUCUUCGCUAAUGGCAUUAGAAAACAUUGACGACUUUGAAUGUUUCUUCCGGACUAACAGCACCUUUAAUUUCAAACGAUUUAUAGCGCGUUGUUAUAAGUUACUUAACAACAAAACAAUUGAAAAUCACCCACGUUUGUUUUUGAAACCCUUGAUUCCAUUCCACAAUGGCGAAUAUCCUGUAUUUGAUCAGUUUCCAAAAAAUUGUUUGGAAGUUUGCCAAAGUAUUAAUAACUUACGGACAGAAGUAAAUAGUUUAAAACAAGAGGAACAGUGUAUGAACACUAAAGUACAAGAGCUACAACACUUGAAGGAAUUAGAACGGUCCAGUGAAGAGUUCUUCAGACAUGCACAAUUAAAUAAACUUUACAGUGAUAAAUUAGAAGAAGAACAGAAUAAUGUUAGAGUGGAACGCAAACGUUUGAAAGCUUUAAUAUCCCAAGCAGUGAAAAAUGAAGAAGAACUCAAGAAAAGUACGCCGCAAGUGUUUCAAAAUAUAGUGAGCAAUAAAAAACAAACCAAGAAUGAUAAGUAUGAUAGCAAACGGGAGUUUAGUCGAAUCGAAGAAGAUCUUUUGGAACACUACACAAAUUUAUUAAAGUAUAAGAUACAAAUUGAAGGACUUAUUGAUGAAGAUGUAUCAUUAGAUUCUGUGCAAUUAAAGAAAAGUUAUAAGGAAAUAUCGGAUGAAAUAAAUAAGGUUAAUUUGUCUUUGUGGCUCAAGCAAGAAUGGAAAUUCCAAGUAAAGAAUAUUUAAAGCAAUUGAAUGUAGUGACGGGUCUGGCGGCAGUUAACAGUUUAAUACGAAAAGUGGAAACAAGAAUUUCUGAAAAGGGCAAAUCACAGGAUAUGUCCAAGACUAAGUAUGUAGUAUCUAAAUUAGCAUCGGAGAGUGAAGGAUUAUCUCAAGAAAUUAACAAAUUAAUGGGAUUGCUAGCACAUUCAUAAUUAUUAUAAAGAAUAUAACUUAUAAAAAAUAUAUAACUAUUUAUUCUAA